CUCUUCGUCUUCUCCGUCCGCUUAUUUCCAUUUUUCCCUCUCUCUCUCUCGCGAUCGGAGCGGGCGGAAACCGCCGUCUGGCUCCGCGUGCGGCCGAUGAUCGGCGAACGGACGCCGCAGCGUCGGGGGCGCUUUGGUCGGGGCUCGGCGACGGGGUCGCCCAUGGUGGCGGCGAAGGCGAGAGGCUGAUCACCGGCGUGCGAGAGGGCUUGUUGGAGUUCGGAGGUGGAUCGGUGAAUAGCUGUGGGGUGAUGCCCAUUGUAUUUUCUACAUCUUCAUUGCCUCUCCCCAGCACUGUUGCACGCUUCAUGGGUUUGGCUGCACUAAAGAAAGCUGCUGUCGCUCUGAACCCCAGGGCUGCAAUUGAGGAUAGUUAUAUUGGUUUUGGAUAUUUCUUUAGAGGGCCAUUGCCUUGGAAAUUCCUGAAGUUGUUGGGAUAUUUCGCCCUAUCCCGACUAGGCAUAUAUGGUCCCCCAGGAGGUGUAAAUCGGAAUGCUUGGCUGGGAAUUUGGAUCAGUGUAGUCUGCUGAGCACUUUGGAUUCUUUUUCUGGGGAGGUUUUGGUAGACUUGGGAUUUGCUCCCUUGGUAUGGUUCCCUUUGUGAAUGCGCAAAUUGUGUUUCAGCUUUUGGCACAAAUAUAUUGGAAGUUGCAAGACCUGAAAGAAGGAGAAGGUGGAGCAGGAAGGAAGUUCUCCAGUAUACUUGCUAUGCUUCAGUCCGGUUUGCCAUGGUACAGGCAAGCACUUAAUUAACUGGCACACAAAAUUAUGCUAACCAUUGCGAAAGUAGAAUCACAGCAUGCGAAGAAGAUUUGUAGCUUCUUUGUUUUCUGAUUUUUGUUCCAGUCUAUACUGCAUGUCUGGAUUUACACUCACAUUUCUCUUCUUUCUCAAAUUUCUAAAAAUGUGUCAGAUAUUGUGUGACCAGUUUUUUAAAAAGCAACUAUAAAUGAACUGAGUGGAAGUAUUUCUGUUUGAUAUGUUCCUGAGAGCCCUAACAGUGUGCCAACAAUGGGAUCUAGGCUUAAUGGGGUUCCAUACAUAACAUAGCCAUAAAACUUGGGAAAAGUCUUUUAAAUGAUCUUCUAGUUGAUUGCCUACUGGUUUACUUGAUGGGAAUUCACUUCAGAUGAAAAUGCUUCUUCUUGGUAAUGAGUUUUCCUGGUAACCCAUAUGUCCAUCUUAUCUAUAUAUAUGCCAGGCUAUAGGCCAAGUACUCUACCUUUGUCCCUCUGUUGAGGACUUAAGCACAGGGUGGACUCUUUCUUCUGUUACAACAUUGGUGCUUGGCUCAGUAUUUACAACAUGCAAUGGAGAAAGGAUCUCUGACCUGAA